AUGUCUAGCAAAAAAGAUUCGUUUCAAAGUGCCUUAAAAGGUCGAUUUAUCAAAGAAUUUGAUUAUAACACAUUUGGAAAUAUUACAGAAAUUGCAAGAGGAGCAUUUGGUACAGUUUAUCGGGCUAAUUCAACAAAUUUGGGAAAACAUGUUGCAUUGAAAAGUUUGCAUGAAGAUGAUGAAAAUGAUAAUUUAUUUUAUGAAAAAUUCGUGAAAGAGUUAACAAAUAUCCUAACUGUACAUUACCAUGACAAUAUUAUUAAUUUUUAUGGAAUCAGUAUAGAUCCUUCAACAGAUACAUACUACCUAGUGUUGCAAUAUGCUAAAGAUGGUAACUUAAGGGCUUAUUUGCGAAAUAAUUUCAAAAGUCUAGAUUGGAAAAUUAAAAUCAACAUGGCUAAAGAUAUUACAAGUGGUCUACGUUGUAUUCACGAAGAAAAUAUACAUUCAAAGAACAUUUUAGUUCAUGAAGGAAGACUAUUGAUAACAGACUUAGGAUUAUCUCAAUCAUUAGAUACCAAUUCAAUUUCUGUGGAUGGUGGAAUGACUGCAUAUCUUGAUCCUGAAUAUUUACGAAAUCAAAUGAAAUUUAUAAGAUAUAAAAGAGAGAAAGCUUCUGAUAUAUAUAGUUUAGGAGUACUUUUUUGGGAAUUAUCGAGUGGAAGACCCCCAUUUAAUGAUUUAUCAAGAUUAGAAAUAUGUAAAUUGGUUAUUUCUGGUAAAAGAGAAGUACCCAUUAACGGAACACCAGAGGAUUAUAUCAAAAUCUAUUCAAGUGCAUGGAAUGAUAAUCCAAGCCAAAGACAAACUAUUAAAAAUAUUUUUGAUUCUCUCGAAAAUAUAAAAUUAGAAAAUAUAUAUAACGAUUCUAAUGACAGCAAUCAAGAAGUUUACAAUAAUCAAUCUCAAGCUUCAAUGGAAGUAUUCAGUAGAGAUUCUAUAUCUAUUCCCUCUUCAUCUACUGCAUCAAAUUGGGAGGAAGUUACAGUUUCUAUCGAAAACAUUAUUCUUACCAAAGAUCAUAGCAAAGAUCAUGCUUCAAAUGAAGCAAAUGAUCAAACUCUAACUGAUUUAAUAAAUCGGGAAAUCUCAGGUAUUGAUAAUUUAAAUAUCUACGAAAAUAGUGAAAUCAUUUAA